GUAUUGUACCAAAACACUAGCUCAACCUAAGAAUUUGUCACACCUAAACAAAGCAUCAAACUCAUUUGAAUCAAAUCCUAAACCUAGGGGAAGAAACUCGUGUUCUUCUAAACCCUCACUCUAAACCCAUUUCAAUCGCAUCACAUUCCUAAAACACCAUUCUUCUCUCAAACCCAUCACUCCUUCAACCAACAAUGUUUCGCAUAGCUUCAAAACUCUCCUCAAGAGUCUCUCCAAAAGCUCUUGUUUCUCUCUCAUCAAAACCCUCCCCCAUUUCAUUCAGAUCAUUCAACACUGUUUUGGCCUUAGAUAAAAGCUUAGCUGUUGAUGAUGUUGUUCGGAUGAGUGAAUAUGCUUUGAGACAAGCUAGGUCUGAAAAAUCAGUUGGAUCGUAUGGAAUGGGUUAUUUGGUGUUGAAGCAUUGUCUUACAACUGAGUUAACCGAAGGAAAUGAUCCAAAACAUGAAAAUUCCAAAGGAAUUGCUUUGCUUACUAUGUCUACAUUGUUUAGUGAAAGAGGAGAUUAUGAUGAUGCAAUUGAGCAGCUCAAUGGUGUUCAAGAAUUGAGUAAUUCUUACUUGGGAAUCAGAGUUGCUGCAUAUGAAGCUCAGGCAGGACUUCAUUUAGAGUUGGAACAGGAUGAUAUGGCAUCUGCGGUGGCUGAUAAAUGCAUUGAGCUUGUGGAGAACGAGAAAACAGAAGAUUUUGAAGCUCUAAAUGUUCGUGCUAGAGCGAUUAAAGGGCUGGUUGAACUUGUCAAGGGAGAUAUUAAGUCAGCUGAACCUUUCUUUGACAAAGCUCUCCGCACCAAGCUAUGCGAUGGCACUGCUGCUCUUUCGUAUGCGGAGUUCCAACAAACUAGGCAGAACUACUCAAUGGCAAAAGAGAUUUACCAGAAUGUUUUAGAAGGAGCCACUGAACUUAAAGAGAGGGGCAAUGUAUACUUAGGAGGUGGUAACAUGAGCAUGGAGGGUUUAAUGAUGCAAGCCAUGUGUGGUUUAGGACAGCUUGAAUCACAUUUGGGGAACUUCCGUAAUGCAGAGGAGCAUUUGACAAAGGCAGUGACUAAGGCAGAUCAGAUCUAUGGCGAAAAACAUCCCAAGCUGGGUGUUGUCUUAACAAAUAUGGCUCUUAUGUAUAGGCGUAAAGCGAUUGAGCAGAAGUCAAGUUCGCUUGUGGUUCAAGAGGGUCUGUACAGAAAAGUUUCAGAGAUUUUGAAGUUUCCACCACCUGAAACUGAAUCUGAAGGUGCUGCUGCUGCUAAACAGACGGUAAAGAGAAAUGAUAUAGUGGCUCUUGCAAGCGGUGGUUAUGCAGAGCUACUCAGUGUCCAAGAAAAUCGACAGAGUGAAGGAGAAAAGAUGAAGAAAUUAUCCGACUCUUUAUGGAAAAACAACAGGAUGUCUCUUGAUGAUUUUCUAGGAAAUACAGAAGCAAGUAUAUGUCCGGUUGUUGAUGCUCGUAUUUCCAGGCUUCUGUGAAUUGAUCCAUCUUCUGCUGCCAUCUUGCUGCUGAAGGUUUAGGUUGGAGUAUUGAUUAAUGAAAAAAAUGAGCUAAUUUUGUUGAAAAUUAGUUCAUAGUGAGUGGUUCUUGUAGUUAAAAUGUUAUGUUGGCAUAUACUAUGGUAUCCAUUGUCAUGUACAUAACAUUUCUAAGGCGUAUAAUGACACGAAAAGUGGUGACUAUGGUGAAGCAGCGGAUAAAUUCUUUAUGGAAGUAGUAAUAUCCAUUGUUGGAUAUAUUAGUACUUUAAUCAAUGGAUUAGGUUUAUUAUUGAGAAAUUGUUAAAAUUCAAAGUUUCAAAGUAUGGUUAAUUACCAGUUGCAAUUAAAAUUGUAGUAUAGUCCUCUGAAAUUUGAGGGGACGGUACUUUUAUUUUAUGAGUCA